AUGACCAAAAUUGAUUUGGGUGAUAAAUUGGGUUUUAUUCAUUUUACAAAAAAUGUGAAACCUAAAGAUGAGAAAGUGCAACUUACUUUACCUAAUGGAGAACUUCGUGAACCCCAGAAGGAAGUUAAAUUGCUUGGAAUUACUUUGAACAAUCUGCUUGAUUUUAAAUCUCAUAUUUUGAAUAAAAUCAAUAAAGCAAGAAAAGCUGUUGGUGCUAUUUGGCAUCUUGGUGGCGUGCAAAAAGGUAUGCGAGGGUCUGCAGUCAGAUCACUGUAUAUUGCUUGCGUGAGACCAAUUGUCGAAUAUGGCUUAGAAAUUUGGCAUCACAAAAUUUUGAAAGGAGAAAUCCACAAGUUGGAAGUAAUGCAGAAUAUGGCUUUAAGAAGAAUUGUUGGUGCGUAUCGCACAACUCCUAUUGCGGUACUACAAAAGGAAGCUGGUAUUAUGCCAUAUAGUAUUAGGCUAAAAUUUAUGGUGGCACGAAAAGCUAUUCGUUUACACCUAAAUAUUAGCAAAACUAAUCCUAUUAAUGGUCAUUUGUUAACAUUGAUUGAGAAAUCUCCAAUUGCAAAGCUAACCACGCUUUACAUGUUGGCAAAAGAUGAUAGAGACUAUAUGAUUAAAAAGGAUGAAAAACGAAAAUGCAAGAGGGUUGAACCUCUUACACUGAAACAACAACAAAGUCAGACGAUUGGAAUUUUAAAGAAACAAGCAAUGGAAGAAUGGCAAGAAAUGUAUUGGAACAGCAGUAAGGAUCUGUGGUAUCAUAAUAUCACAGUGGAGUCGAAAUGUACUGAUAAUCUUUCCAAAAUGGUUACGGGAGUGAUCAUGAAGAAAGAUAGUCGAAGGAUCUUGAGUAAUAUUACUCAGUUUCGCACAGGCCAUGGCAACUUUGGCGCAUGGUUUAAAAAGUUUGGAAUUGAAAAGGAUAGUUACAACUGCAAAUGUGGAGAGCUGGAAACAGUUCAUCACAUUUUAGUUGAGUGUCCUUUGCUUGAAGAGGAAAGAAAAGGACUGAAACGGAUAUCUCCAGAGAUGGACAUGUCGACUCUCUUAAACAGUUUAACUGGCUUACAAGAAAUUGUAAGCUUUAUCUCUGCUUGGAGGGAUUAA